CCUGCGCAGUGCGUGCCGUGCCGGGCUGCAGUCGAGGCGCCGUGAGCGGCCCCGGGCCGGGCAUGGAGCGGGGCGAUGCGGACAGUGCGGGGCGGCCGGAACGCGGGGCUGAGCCGUGAGCGCACAACGGGCCGCUGCCGUAUCAUCCUCCCCCGGUCUGUGAGCGGUAUGAGCGGUGUGAGCGGUGUGAGCGGUGUGAGCGGUGUGAGCGGUGUGAGCGGUGUGAGCGCGGGGCCCUGAGCGCACGGAGCGAAUUUAAGUCCCGCAGGUCCCGGUUCCGUUGUGCCGCGCUGUGCCGGGCCGUUGUGCCGCUCCCUGGCUCCUCCCAUGGCAUGAGCCCGGGCUCUCCUCCUCCUCCUCCUCCUCCUCCCGUUGCCGGGCUGUCCGAUGGGAUAACGCGGCCCCGCCGGCAGCACAACAUGGCCCCGCGCUGGGCUCGGCGGCGGCGGAGCGGCUCGGCGCUGCUGCUGCUGCUGGGGCACUGCUGGCUGUGGGCGGCCGGAGCCGACGAUAACGGCAGCCAGCUGUCGUAUUACACCGCCCUCAUCAACGUGACCGUGAUGAGCCCCGAGCGGGGCGGCCCCACGUUGCUCCGGAUCGACCGCGGUCGCUACGGGCAGGAUUCGCCCAAGGUGGAGGUGAAGGGUCUGCUGGUCACACCGGUGCCCAUCAACGGAGUUGCAGAUCGCCUGGGCUGUGACCCUCGGACGCGUUUCCAAGUCCCUCCCAACACCAAGCAGUGGAUCGCUUUGCUGCAGCGAGGAAACUGUACCUUCAGAGAGAAAAUCCUGCGGGCAGCUUCACACAAUGCCACUGCUGUGGUCAUCUACAACAAUAUAUCCAGCGAGGAGCCCGUCACCAUGACUCAUCAAGGAACUGGAGACAUUGUUGCUGUUAUGAUUACAGAAUCAAAAGUGAAGGAGAUCCUGAAUUAUUUGGAAAAGAACAUCUCUGUCCUGAUGGCCAUAGCAGUGGGUUCCCGUGUUCCUCUAAAGAACUUCAGUCGGGGCUCCCUAGUCUUUGUGUCAAUAUCUUUCAUUGUUUUGAUGAUAAUUUCUUCAGCGUGGUUAAUAUUUUACUUCAUCCAGAAGAUCAGGUACACAAGUGCACGUGAUAGGAAUCAGCGUCGCCUUGGAGAUGCUGCCAAGAAAGCUGUUGGUAAAUUGACAACCAGGACAGUAAAGAAGGGAGAUAAGGAGACAGACCCAGACUUUGAUCAUUGUGCUGUCUGCAUUGAGAGUUACAAGCAGAAUGAUGUUGUUCGCAUUUUACCAUGCAAGCAUGUUUUCCACAAAGCCUGCGUGGAUCCGUGGCUUAGUGAGCACUGUACGUGUCCAAUGUGUAAACUGAACAUUUUGAAGGCUCUGGGAAUUGUGCCAAAUGUGCCGUGCACAGAUAACGUGGCCUUUGACAUGGAGAGGCUCAGCAGAAGCCAGCCCGCCAGCAGGCGCUCAGCGCUCGGCGACUUCACCAACGACAGCUCCCUGAGCCUGGAGCCCCUGCGCACCUCCGGCAUGUCACAGCUUCCCCAGGAUGGGGAGCUCACUCCGAGGUCAGGAGAGAUCAACAUUGCUGUGACAAGCAGUCACUUCUUCCAUCGCAAUUCUCUGUCCCCUCGAAGUCUGGUCUACGAGAGCGAAUUCUCCACCAUCGAGCCCGCUUUGGACAUGUAUGACGAGAACAAAACCUGAAAGGAAUCCACAUUCCUUCCUGGCCCUCUUUCUGUUGUUUUCAUUUCUCAUUCCUAUUGUUGUGUACUCUUUCCAUGGAUCUCCUUUGUCUGAAGAAGAGCUGCUUUUUCCAGAACACAAGCCUGCCUUCUAGGUCACGGAGAUGAAGACAGCUGUGGUGGUUUCUGCAGGUGGCACCUCCGAGCACAAGCAAGGUUGUCUGAUGGAAGUUGCUGAGUAACAGCAUGGGAGCUGUGUGGGCCCGGCCUCGGCGGUGCAGAAGAGGCUUUGCAGUGGUCCUAAGAGUUUGUUUUGUACUGCAAAUGCGUCUCCUUGAUAGGCGUAUGCUGGUUUUAACGGUCCAAAUUGUUGGGCAGAGUCAGAAAGGGAACUAGUAGUUGCAAAGGAGCUGGCCAGUGACUGGUAAAAGCACUCCAUAUAGCUUGGUCAACCCAUAACCUUACUGUGAAAUAUCCCCUUCCAAGAGGGACCUUCCAAGUGCGUUGAGUUUCCGAUGACCCGCUCACCCCUGGGCGACAGCACGCCGGUGUGACGUGAUGCAGCAGAGAGGCCCUGCAUCUGCAGAAGGAUUUCAAGGAAUUGGAUACUUCUGGUUCUUUUGUUUUUCUCCAUUUCUGUUGAAGCAGGAGAAAAGGGGCCUACACAGAAAACAGUUUUGGUCCUUCCGUGUGCUCCAGUCACGUGAGUCUCUUUCUACAGAGAAGGAUGUUCACAGAACCAGCACUUGAUCUACCUUAAAACCAUGAGACUUUUUGAAAUAUGCAGGAAUCUAAUUAGCUUUCUUUCUUGCUUUACUUUUCUUUUUUGGAGGGGUUUAAAAAAAUCCGCCAUUUUUCUCACUGAGGUUUUUUAAAAGCCAGCAUGUUGGCAUUACACGGAGAAGAGAGGUAAGCUUCUUAUCCUGUUCUCACGUUGAGAUCUGCAAUAGUUAACCAACAAACACGUUCUCCAGGCCAUGCCCUUUCCCACUGACACCAAUAACGUGAAUGCAGAAAGCAGAGGAAUAAAGGAAAGCAGUGACUGCUUUGGGACUCAGCAGGAAAAAUCCAUUUUUACUGGAGCGUGCCAGAAGCAGUGGGGAAAUGGAGAUUGGUUUCAAGCUUCUGAAUGUGUAACGUGGAGAUGGAAAGCCGAGCUCAGCCAUCCAUAGAGCUCCUCCCAUAAGCAGACAUGGAGAGCGAAGGCUCCUGCUCCGUUUCCUCCUGGACAAUGAAUGCAAAGCUGUUUGAUGAACGUUAACAUUUUCUCCAUUGCAGUCUCAGUUACUGUAGAGGUAGAAAUGCAUUUGUGUCCUUGUAAUAUGAAACACGGCUUCACUCUGUAUAGGAAACCUGAGAAUUCUGUAAGUCUAAAAGAAAGGUAGGUAAGGCAUUUCCUGCCAUCCUUUAAUUUUGUCAGCUUUUGCUACAAGUGGAGGAACUUCCCCUGCUUGGCUUUUUGUUUGCAAUGUAUAGAGGUCUGCUUGACAUGCAGCCUUACCUGUAGCGUGGCUCCGCUGUGUCAUUAACACAGACCUUUAAGAGAAGAAGAAAAACCCAGCUCUGCAAAAUGUGGAAACGAUCCUAUUCACAGAGCACGCCUUGACUUCUGUUGCUGUGUGUCAGCUUCAUUUAACAUGGUAAUUCAAGGAGGAGUGGUGCGCAGGUUAGAGAGGUUUCUCUUAUAACACCCAUUUCCAUUUACCACAUGCACUCUUAUUGCAAUCCUGUCAUCUUUAGAGGUCAAGGGCACAACUUCAGUGCUGCCUUCCCCAACCAAGUGGGAGCCCCUUUGCUGGGGUGCGGUGGGUUGCUUGGCUGCAGGCGUUGCUUUGCUGCUCCACGUGGCAGCUGUGUGCAUGGGGAUGGGCUGUGGGUUUAACAACACGCCGACUUCAUCAUCACAUCUGCCAGGCAGUGGGCAGGGCGCUUCCGAACAGAGGAAGUACAACACCGUUGCUCCAGGGUGUUUUAGGGCUUGUUUUUGUCAGUGCUGAGUACAGGGGGAGCAAAAAGCCAAACAGAGCGAGGCACUGUGGCUCCCAGCCGUGCCGUGCCUGAUGGAGCUGCCAGGGUGGGUGGGAUGGGAUGAGAUGAGAUGCUCCAUGCUCUGCCCAAGGCCGCAGAGGACUUCACCACGGUGCAUUUUUCCCUACUCAGAAGCACCCAAGAGGUGCCUUGUGCUACAGAGCAGGGUGUUUGCAGUCCCUGCAUUAACACCAACAAGGCGCUGUGCAGGGUGGGCUGUGGGAGCACUGCUGGCUGCUCAGGGCAUGCUGUGUGCUGGGCACUGCCCUGCUGCCUGGGCACAGCUCUGCCACCUCCGGUGCUGGGGCUGCAUUGGGAAGUUCCCCGUGCUGCUUCCUGUUGUGUUUGGCUUCCCUCAGUGCAGGCUUGGGUUUGUUUUGAACAAAGCAGACAGCUUUGUGCCAGAGUGGAGGAAGACAGCUCAAAAGCAGAUAGAAAUUAAAACAAGUGUUAGCGACUACAGAGCCCUAAAUGGCAACCUAGUAAGUAAUGCCAUUUAUAUUUGAUUAAAUCUCCCUACUUCUAAACUACCUUUUUUAGAGGAGCGGGGAACAAGGAUAGUGCUGACUGGGGUCUGACAUGGUAAGGAAAAGGUCCCAUCUUCGGGUUGACUACAUGAUCUUUUCCAGCCUUAGUGGUUCCCUGAGAUGCAGCUGGGGCUGAUGUUGUGUAAUGGACACUGUGGGUUUGGAAGGUCUUGCAACACUGGAAACAUUAAACCUGGCUGAAGCAACUGAUCCCUACGUACGUGCUGGGACGUGCCAUGCCAGGCACUUGUGUACUGUAUUGUAUUUAGGAUGGGAAAGAGGCAGCACAGCAGCAUGGCUGAUUUUUUAGGGGCUGUGCUGGUAAGUUUGGGAUGUUCCUUUUAAUAUUAAUCAGUAUAAAAAAAGCUCGAUGAGCAUCGUUGUUCUUGUUGUGCUGCAGUGGUGCUGUGUGUGUUCAUUUCAUAGACAUAAGGUAGAUGGCGGCCUACCAAGAGCUGUGCUGUCAGUAUCUUGGGAAAUGGUUUUUCUAAGGUUCAAAAACAAAAGUGGUUUUUUUUAAUCAGAAAACAUUAAUUUUAUGUCUUCUACUUACAAAAAAACUGACCCUUUCAUGCUCCCCUAAGAGAUCUAAACCCGCUGCUCCACCAUCCCUUUCCCUUAUCUUCAUCUCCUGUUUUUGGAAGUUCUGCAUGUUCCCCCAAGGCAUUUGUAGAAGUGAGGUUUGCUUGUGUUCUUAGAGGGUAACCGCCAGUAAAAACCAGACUGUACGUGUGCUUUUUGCCUAUAGUACUAACAUUAACUAUUGCAUUUGAAGCAUGUUAAAAUUUACUUAAUGCCACUCACCAGUACUCAUUGAGUAAGCUCACGUGUUGGUGCCUGUUUGCACUGCCCCGUUGCUUCUAGGAUGCUUGCCUUGACACGUGAGGGCGAUUUAGGAAUAGCCAGGUAUCCUACAUAAGCCAAAGAAAGACAAGUAGUUAAAUACAUGUGUUUAGUGCUCUCCUAUGGGACUUGUGCACAACUGUUUUGUUUGGAUAUGAAGGACGGGGCAGCAGGGCUGAGCUGACUCACAGGGCUGUGCUUCCCAGGGGGUGCGUUGACUAAACUGUUGAAAACACAUAUCUUUUUGCUAAUAAUGAUCUGGUUUUACAAGAGAAGCUGCAUGGCUCUGCACACACCUCGGUACAAAGGUGGGACGGCCGUGCAGCUCCCAGCCCCGCUGUCCCCAUCACCCCAAGGUUGGCAGGCAGUGCUCUGCUCCUUAUCACCCCUCACUGCGCAUCCAUGCGUGGCCUCGUUUUCCAUCCCUAGCCAUGCACAAGAGCGUGUGCCACGCGGUGACAGCUUGCUUAUGUGUUGUUAUAUUUAAGAAUCUCAUCGCUCCGCUUCCUUCCUUCUGCUUUAAGGGCAGAGCAGGGGAGGGCUGAGAGAUGCUCCAGCUACCUCCUGCACUAGGGGAAAACCAGGAGAAAGCUGCUGGGAAAUAGCUUGGAAAUUAGCAAGAAAAAUGUGAUGCCCCGCUCUUGUUGGAUUCACCCCCAAAAGGGGCACGUUUGGCACUGAGUGCUUAUGCUGUGUGCUAAGGGCUGCCUGUUUGUUCUUUGUACAGUAACUCCUGUGGUCUCUAGGGACCCAUGGCAUAAAGUGUUGCCCCCAAAUAGCCCCCCAAAGCUUAAUAACUGUUAAUAUUCCUGCAAAGCAAGAAGCGUGUGGGGUUUUGUUAAAAGAUGGAGCUGUUUAGAGUGAUUUCACUGCAGAGCUGAGGUGGAACUGGGCGGGGGAUUUCACAGCCCAGAAGCACAUCCUAAAGGCCCUCCCUGUGAGCACCUGCUUGUGGCCACAGCUCCAUCUAUGUCCUGCAUCCACCAGAACAGGGCAGAGAAGUCCGGGGCUGCCUUGAGACUGGGGCAUAGCAGCUUAUGGGGAAUAAAACUACAACCACCAUUGGUGUGUGUGCAGAACAACAGCAUGCUGGGCUGGUUGCUGUGGGGUGAGCGCUUUGGCACGUCGCUCCGGCCCUUGGGAGGCUCACUUGGAACUCCCUGACCUAUUUGAUGUAAGUAUAACACUGUAUUGUAGUCGCGUGGUAUAUGCCAAUAUGUUAAUAGUGGAUACCUAUUAGGGUUUGCUAAUGUACUACAUUUCAAUAAAAAGCAAUUUAAAAGAG